AUGUCUACUGAUACAUCUAGCUUUUUGUUACCGUCCCGGAUAGCGUCGCUGGUUCAUGCACAUUUCGAUGCUCUGCCAACACGUAGUAAACCAACCAUAUUUCCGGAUGGAUCGAGGGAAUGGAUCCCAAUGAGCGGCAUUGUGGCUGUUAAAGGAGAGAACACACCUUCGGAAAGUCUGACGUGCAUAUCUGUCACGAGUGGCGCAAAGUGCCUGUCGGCAUCUCAUAUCCCACACUGCAGGGGUCUUGUGCUACAUGACUGUCAUGCCGAGAUAUUGGCCAUCCGGGCAUUCAAUUAUUGGCUUUUAACAGAAUGUAACAGCGUCCUAUCCCGGGAAAAGCAAUUACUGAAUGGCCAUGAUACUUCCACCACCGAUAAUGAACAAGUCCCCGAUUCUCCAUUCAUACAAAGGAGAAAGAUUGAAGAAGAUGGAGACAGUAUUUGCGCAUCACCCACAAAAUGGCCGCCUUUUAAGCUUCGGCCUGAUAUCAAAAUUUACAUGUAUUGCACAUGUGCUCCUUGCGGCGAUGCAAGCAUGGAACUCUGCAUGGCAGCCCAAGAAGAUGCGACACCGUGGGAAGUAUCACAGCAAGAAGGUCCUUUGCCAAGAACCCAAGAUGCAGAAGUUCCAGGUACAGAGACCCUUCUAGAUGGUCGGGCCCACUUCUCUCUCCUCGGAGUCGUACGUCGAAAGCCGGCGCGCAUGGACGCCGAGUCCACGCGUAGCAAAUCCUGCUCAGACAAACUUGCAUUGCGGCAAGUGUCCUCCUUGCUAUCCUGUGAGACCAGUCGCCUCGUUGCUCCCACUGAAAACGCAUAUCUGGCAGGUCUGAUUCUUCCCGAGGAUGAAAUCAGCCAGGUUAGCUGUGACCGCUCCUUUGGCGAGAAUGGCCGAAUGCAGGCUUUGGAGGGCCGAUCUUGGCCUAAGGACGCAAAGUUCAAAGAAGGCACACCAGGGUAUCGAUUCCGGCCAUUCCAGGUUCUCUCGGUGCCGAGUGAAAAGGUGGCAACACUUUGGCCUUUUGCGAAGGCAAAUUCUGUGCCUUGUCCUGCAACUUCUUUAGAGCAGCAAGGAGAUUCCUCGACGUCUGGUGCAAGUUUUAAAAGAUCCAGGCCAGGAAAUGUGAGCGCCGUUUGGGUAUUGGCUCCCUCGUAUUAUCACUCAUCGGCAAUGACCUUGGAUACCGGCAGCAAAUCAGUGCCGACUCUUUGUCGUUCCAAAACCGGGUUGUAUGAGACUAUCAUCAACGGAGUGAAGCAAGGAAACCGGGCGUCCUCGCCUGGUGCCCGUGGGGCCUCGUCUCUAUCCCGAGCUAAGCUUUGGGCUCUUUUUCGCGAAAUUGCGCCUGCUUCGGCCUAUCAAACCAAUAUAUCCCCAGCCGAAUCGCUAGCGGAUGCUUCAGAGACUGGAAGUUUGCGCGUCAAUACAGUUCAGCACCAUAUGUCAAAUAUAACCACUUACCAGGAUUUCAAAAAUUCUAGCAACUUGGAAGACCACUUGCAAAUCCGUAUGCAGGCCAUUGGGGAUGCGAAACUGGUUCUCAAGGGAUGGGUGCCUAAUACGGGAGAUGGAUCUUGGGGCUUGGAUGUUUUGGUUGGCCCCAAAAAGCGAAAACGUUGA